CUAUUUUUGUGGCAUUACCUAAUUCUACAAUGUCUAAUCGUACUAGCGGCUCAGGGGUAAGCAGAUUUCCAAUGUCUAAUCGUACUAGCGGCUCAGGAGUAAGCAGUUUUGCAAUGUCUGAUCGUACUAGCGACUCAAGGGUAUUCACGGAGAGAGAGUCUAAAGGCUCAGUGGAUUCUUCUUAUUUGACAGUACAAGCAGGGAGUGGGUCAGAUGUGUAUGAGUAUAGCCCUAUUGUAACUAGGAAAGUAUACUUUAAUGAAAAAAAUAGAAUUUCGAGAGAAAGAAUAAGGAAGCAAACAAAUUACUUCAACGCUGAACGGUUAAAACAGGCAAACGCAACUCAAAAUCGAGAAAUUGAAAGGCAAGCAAAAGAGAUAAAAAGACUGAAAGAUAAGAUAGAAAAGUCUGAAAAAGUGCCGUUUCAAUGGGCAAUGCAAGACGAAAAACACAAAAAUGAGUAUAAAAAACUAUCGCGUGAAAUUGCAGACUAUAAAAGAGAAAUAAAAACACUUAGGGGACAAAUCACAGAACUUGAAAAAGAAAAAGAACAGCGAAUGAAGACUGAAAAAGAAAAGAACCUAAAUUCAUUCUUAAUGACUUUUGUAAAGAACACUGAGGCUACAAUAACUGCUUUGAGAAAUGAUCUGAUGGGAAAAAUGGACAAGACUGAGAAGAAUUCACAGAAAAUGAUCCAUGAAGGGUUUCAAAGAUUGGAAAAUAUUAUUAUUCAUGGGCAAAAUGGUCAAGAUAAAGAAAAAGAAAGAACCAAAAGCAAAAUAUAAUUCCGCCAAUUACAACAAAGUAAACGAAAAGAUACAAUGGAAAAUGGAAGCCUUGAAAAUAAAAAAUCCAUUGACUCUAGCGGUGCCAUAAAAAUGUAUUUUUCCUUUAUUCAUUUACAAUGGCAUCAACAGUUGCAUCGCUCGCUUUCCUUAAGCAAUGGUUAAUUCAUGUCAUCCAAAAGAUAUUUCUACAAGCAUUUUAAAUUAGUGGCGUACAAAUCAAUAAUGUCAUUACAUUUUUAUGCAAAAUAAACACGUCAUUACUAGUAUGCAUGCCGGAAACACACACUAGCGGAAUGUUAUGCAACUUAUUUUAUGUUUUUAAAGUUAUUUUGUUUGAUUUCUAGCAUAACUUACGUAAAUGAUCAUAGAUAUAUAAUUAACAAAAUAGAUAACACCUUUUUCCUUGAGCACGUACGUGUAGAAGUAGCUUAAGCAGUCCUGGGGAAAUUUGACACUGAUAUCUAUCUCAAACCAUCCACGAAAAACAAUUUUGAAAUGUGUUGCAUGAAAAUAAUCUUCCAUUUUACAUAAUUUAUAAAAAAUACUCUUAUUUGGCAUAUUCAUUUACAAGUUUGCUUUUUAUGUUUGUUACUAAUUUAAUGAUAUUGAUGUGUCCCAGGUAUCAGGCAUUAAUUAUUAAUUUACUGUGAACUGUGUAACAAUUAUUUAUAAAGAAAACUUACCUUCAUGAAUUUUACUUAAUCAGUGGGUUGUGAAAUCCAGUACCAGUUGUAGACUUUAACAUGGCAUAAUGAAAAAAGAACUGUGCAUUGAUAUUUAAACAACACACUUAAGCUCAUUUAAACAAGUUAUACCAAUGGUAUUAUCUGUUUGUACAUUAUAUGUAAAAAAUCCUUCUCCGUGAUUCUUUGGCUGUAAUUGUUUGUAAACAAUCCUAUUAAUCUUGACUUUAAGCUGCCAUAAUUCCUUAAAUGUUUGUUUUUUCUAUGUAAAAUCUGAUUUCCUCAGAUGAAGAACGACAUUAUCUAACAAACUGCCAAGUAACUUUGUUAAAAUCCACAUAUAUUUCACUGUAUUUUCCUUGAAAUGUAAUUUUCAUGUGUUGGAAAUUUACUGUACGCCGGCAGUUUGUACUUUGCAUUAUUGACUAUUUAUAGCUGUUGAAUCAGUCACUAGUAGGCAGAAGAUGUUCCGUUUUGGUAGAGAAUUUUUGGAAAUAGUCAUUAUUGUAUUUGCUUAUAGCUUUUUUAUUGUAAAAUUUUCCUCCAUUAAAGUUAAGUUCAGUCCGAUCAGUUUAUGAUCGUUUCCGAUCAUUUUUGUAUGGCAGCCGUCGAGCAUU